CCAUCACCAUUUUUAUUGUCAUAAAAGAUUACCAGCUUGAUAAUUGCUUAAGGAUAUUUUGCUCAGCACUUCAGACCUUUGAUCACUUUGAGGGAGAUACUGUGAAGCAUUUCCUAAACCUUUGGACUCAUAAGGAGCCACAGAUACGCUGCCUCGCUCGAGACCUCAAAUACUUAAACCUCAAUCGACAAACACGGCCGAGCCUUUUGAUCCGUCACUGCCGUCAGAUGCACUUUGAUCCUGGUGACUUGGAGCAGGAAGUCGAGACUAUUCUCUCCCGAGUUUGUGAGGAACGGAUUCUCGCUGCUUUGUAAAAGCCUAUUUAAAAGAAGGAAAGGAUGACACCUAACUGACAGGCUCGAGUGGAUCCAAAGGAUUCUUGGAAAUUGGAAGGUUUCUAAAAAGAAAGACGUAGUUUAAAAAUGUUUGGAAACACUGGACCUUUCUCGUAUUCCCCGAGGGGUUUCUCCCCGGAGGACCUCCCUCAGAGGAGCGCGUUCAAACAAGAUGACUUCAAGGUUGCUCCACUGCAGAGAAACAUAUCCAGACCCAGUGGGAAAUCCAUCUACAUGCAGAGAAAGGAGUACUCCGAGGCACUGAACAAACAUCCCGACAACUUUCACGUCAGAGUGGAGCACCUGUUCACCUGUGAGCUGGACGGCCAGGAGGUGAAGACGGUGGACGACUGCUUGGCCAAGCUCAAGAGGCUGGAUGCCAAAGGUCGUCUGUGGCCUCAGCAGAUGAUCAUGGAGGUGCAGAGGGGAUAUCUACUGCUCAGUGACAUCGAGACCAAGUCAGCGCUGGACUCGAUGCCUUUGAGCUGCAUCUUGCAAACCAAAGCGGUGCUGGACAGCUGCGCCUACAACUCCGUGCUGACCGUAACUGUGCAAGAACGCAACAAACGCAUCCCGCAGGUCUUCAUGUUCCAGUGUGAGGAGACUGGGGCGGUGCUCGUGAAGAGCGAUCUGGAUAAGGUAGUCCGAAAAGGAGGUGAUGCUGCGGAGCCACGCAGAGACCAGUCUGACAUCAGGACUGAUCUCGAGAAUAUCAUCGGGCAACAUGGUCCAGGAAAUUUCCGGCAACCUGGGCCUCGUCCUGUGCAGCAAGCCAGGACCCCACCACCACCGGACCACCCGGCCCCUCAGUGGAGGAGCAGACAGACAGAAAAUAUGCCGCCUCCACAUGUUGACGCCCGACAAGAAGCAACGAUGUACCAAGCUGAUCUUCAUGAAUUACACAUUAGCUCUGAGGUCGCCGUGCAAACGGACACCGAGAGGAACACGGACAUUUUAAACCACGUGAUAAAUGAUUUGGAGAUCUUCAUAGACAAAGUGUGUGCUGCAGCAAAUGCAUCCGCUCUACCGCAAGAAGCCAAGAAGAAAAAUAACGCAUUUAAAAUGAAGAAAAAAACAAAGAACAAUGCACCCACUUUCAGUCUGCCACUCUGGGACGAAUAUGUCUCCUAUCUUCAGAAAGUCAAGUAUGGCUUCAAUCUUCUGGGCCAGCUGGAGGGGACACUCAGCAGCCCGACGGCUCCUGACUAUGUCCACAUCUUCUUCACUAGUUUAGACGCGAUACUGCCUCGGUAUCCUGCAGACCUUCCUCCCACUGUUCUCUCACCGCUGCUGACGGAGGCGGCCCUGCAGCUGCUGAGUCAGGUGGUAGACCCGGAGGAAGACCUCCUGUGGAGGUCUCUGGGAGACAGCUGGAACUUACCCAGAUCUAGAUGGCCGGAUGACGACGUCCCAUUCUACAUCCCACAGUUCUAUGAUGGCUGGCAGCCGCCUGCCCCCACUAGCAUGCCCUCCUCACUCCCUUAUGAGAACAGUCCAAUGAGCCCGAGCGACAGCCAGCGCUUUCCACCCGGCGGCCCCCGAGAGCCGCCCCUGUACAUGCGGGUCAUCUACGACUUCACGGCCAGGAACAACCAAGAGUUGAGCAUGAUGAAAGGUGAUGUUGUUCAGGUGGUUCAGAAAUCAAAACAAUGGUGGCUUGUUAGCAACGCCCGCGACGAGGAAGGCCACGUUCCUCAGAAUGUUCUGGAGCCGAUGAAGAGCGAGGGGCCCAUGGAAGAGCUACUGCGAGACAAUCGCGGCCCUGUGACUCUGAACAUGACCUCCACACCCUCAGAGGUCAAAGCUUGGCUGCAGUACAAAGGAUUCAACAAAAUCACGGCGACCAGCCUCGGGGUGCUGACCGGGAAACUUCUCCUCGGGAUGACCAAGGAUGAGAUUAGGAUGGUGUGUCCCGAGGAAGGAGGCAAGGUCUUCUUCCAGUUGCAGGCCAUUAAAUCAGCCAUUGCGCUCGCCAGUGAACGCUCAAGCCUGAACCACGGCCGCUACUAAUGACCCACAGCGCUUCAGUUUGUUUUCAUCCUCAGAUUAACAACUGGAUUUAUUGUGUCUAAUUUAUCUUUUAGUCUUAAAUUCUUGGUGUUUAUCAUUUGUUAUUUAAGGGAAAGCGCUUUUACUGAAUGAAACUCAUAUAAUUUAUUACAAGCAGCAAUACUUGUGAGUUAAUCAAAUUUAUUAUUACUGCAUUUUACUUAUCGUGUACUUCUCGUUAUUUUAAGCAACAUUUAGCAGUUUUCCUAACCGAGUAAACCAAAAUACCCAUGUAGACAUGUUCUCAAUUCAACACCAUUGUUCUAUAACAGCUGCAUUAAACAGUUACAUACUAUAUACAUAGUCCAUUCAGUUCUACUGCAUUUAAGAGUAACUUAGGUAUUUUUCCAACUUGGACUAUUUUUGCAUGUUUUUGUGUGUGACCAAGCGGACAAUUUGUCUAAAUUUGUACCAGUAUUGAGGGAUAAGUCAAUAAAAGUGUUCGUUUUGGCCCCCA